AUGUUCAGAAACGCCCUCCGCCAGUCGACCCGCGCAGUCGGUGCCGUCUCUGCCUCCGGCAGGGUCGCUGCCCGCAAUGUCGCUCCCGCUUUUGCCUCGAGGCAGGCUCGCACCUACGCCGAUAAGGCCUCGCCGACCGAGGUCUCUUCUAUUCUCGAGCAAAGGAUCCGCGGUGUCCAGGAGGAGGCUGGCCUCGCCGAGACUGGCCGUGUUCUGUCCGUCGGUGAUGGUAUCGCCCGUGUGCACGGUAUGGCCAACGUCCAGGCCGAGGAGCUUGUUGAGUUCGCUUCCGGUGUGAAGGGAAUGUGCAUGAACCUCGAGGCCGGCCAAGUCGGUGUCGUGCUUUUCGGUUCUGACCGUCUUGUCAAGGAGGGCGAGACUGUCAAGCGUACCGGAGAGAUUGUUGAUAUCCCCGUCGGCCCUGAGAUGCUUGGUCGUGUCGUCGACGCCCUCGGUAACCCCAUUGACGGCAAGGGCCCCAUCAACACUAAGGAGAGGCGCCGUGCUCAGCUCAAGGCCCCUGGCAUUCUGCCCCGUCAGUCCGUCAACCAGCCCGUGCAGACUGGUCUCAAGUCUGUCGACGCCAUGGUGCCCAUCGGUCGUGGUCAGCGUGAGCUGAUCAUCGGUGACCGUCAGACCGGCAAGACUGCCGUCGCUCUGGACGCCAUGCUGAACCAGAAGAGGUGGAACAACAGCAACGACGAGUCCAAGAAGCUUUACUGUGUCUACGUCGCUGUCGGCCAGAAGCGUUCCACUGUCGCCCAGCUCGUCAAGACCCUUGAGGAGAACGACGCCAUGAAGUACAGCGUGGUCGUCGCCGCCACUGCUUCCGAGGCUGCUCCUCUGCAGUACCUUGCUCCUUUCACAGGUGCAUCAAUUGGUGAAUGGUUCCGUGACAAUGGCAAGCACUCGCUCGUGAUCUUUGACGAUCUGUCGAAGCAGGCCGUUGCCUACCGUCAGAUGUCGCUGCUGCUCCGCCGUCCCCCGGGACGUGAGGCUUACCCCGGUGACGUGUUCUACCUUCACUCACGUCUGCUCGAACGCGCCGCCAAAAUGAACAAUUCCACGCAUGGAGGCGGCUCGAUGACUGCUCUGCCCAUCAUCGAGACCCAGGGUGGUGAUGUGUCUGCUUACAUUCCCACCAACGUCAUUUCUAUCACCGACGGUCAGAUCUUCUUGGAGGCCGAGCUUUUCUACAAGGGUAUCCGUCCUGCCAUCAACGUCGGUCUGUCCGUGUCUCGUGUCGGUUCCGCUGCCCAGCUCAAGGCCAUGAAGCAGGUCGCUGGUUCGCUCAAGCUCUUCUUGGCUCAGUACCGUGAGGUUGCUGCUUUCGCCCAGUUCGGUUCCGACCUGGACGCUGCCACUAAGCAGACCCUGAACCGUGGUGAACGCUUGACCGAGCUCCUGAAGCAGAAGCAGUACUCGCCCAUGGCCGUUAACGAGAUGGUUCCCCUGAUCUUCGCCGGUGUCAACGGUUUCCUCGACAACGUCCCCGUCGCCAAGAUCCUGCAAUGGGAGUCCGACUUCCUGUCUCACCUCAAGACCAACGAGUCUGACCUACUUGCCACCAUCGAGAAGGAGGGUGCCAUCAGCAAGGACCUCGAGGCCAGGUUGAGGGAUGUUGUCGGCUCUUUCACCAAGAGCUUCGUCGCUUAA